GGAACCCCUGGUCUUGCUAAGAUAUAUCACUGAGAUCUAUCUGCUCAGUCUGUUUUGAUAUUCACAAAGUUUUUCAAAAGUCAAAAAGAUCAAUUUUUUAGAAUAGGAGAUAGAAACCCACAUUUUAGGUAAUGCUUUCACAAAAAUUGAUAAAGAGUGAAGUCAGUAAAGAUAAUGCUUCAGUUGAUGGUGUGAAUCCAGCUCCAAAAAGAAGACGCAGAACUGUUUUUUCAGAUGCUUUGAAUAAAGGGCCAUCUUUUGAUGAUUUUGUUAGUGGUAAAGCUGCUGAUUUCAACAUUGAUCCAAUUGAAGCUGCAAGAGUCGAUCCAAAAGCACGAAUCCCAAGUUGGUUAAGAGUCCCAAUCCCAAAAGGUGAAUCCUUCCAUAAUUUGAAGAAAGAUGUUAGAGAAUUGAAAUUAGCUACUGUUUGUGAAGAGGCCAAAUGUCCAAAUAUUGGUGAAUGUUGGGGUGGUAAAAAGUCAGAAGCUACUGCAACUAUCAUGCUUUUAGGUGAUACAUGUACCAGAGGUUGCAGAUUCUGUUCGGUGAAGACUAAUAGAAAACCUGCUGCUCCAGACCCAAUGGAACCGGAAAAUACUGCUGAAGCUAUUUCAAGAUGGGGGUUAGGUUAUGUUGUUUUAACCACUGUUGAUCGUGAUGAUUUGAUUGAUGGUGGUUCAAAUCAUUUAGCUGAAACGGUUCGUAGAAUAAAGCAAAAAGCUCCUCAAAUUUUAGUUGAAGUGUUGAGUGGUGAUUUUAGAGGUGAUUUGGAAAUGGUGAAGAUAUUAGCAAGCUCAGGCUUAGAUGUUUAUGCACACAAUGUUGAAACUGUUGAAGCAUUAACACCACACGUUAGAGAUAGAAGAGCUACAUUCCGUCAAAGUUUGGCUGUUUUAAAUACGGCUAAAGAAACAAACCCAGACCUCAUAACAAAGACUUCAAUCAUGUUGGGUCUUGGUGAAACGGAUGAACAAAUCAUGGAUGCAUUGAAAGAGUUGAGAGCUAUAAAUUGUGAUGUUGUUACAUUUGGACAAUAUAUGAGACCAACAAGACGUCACAUGAAAGUUGCAGAAUACGUUAAGCCAGAAAAAUUCGAUUAUUGGAAACAAGUUGCUUUAGAUAUGGGCUUCUUAUACUGUGCUAGUGGACCAUUAGUUAGAUCUUCGUACAAAGCUGGUGAAGCUUUCAUUGAAAAUGUAUUAAGAAAAAGGGGCAAUAACCAAGUCAACACUGACUCAAUUCAAAGCCACACUGUAACUACCAACAUAUGA